AUGGCACCCCCGACUCGCAGCCGUACUAACAACAUCGAGGAGGGUCAUACCGAGGGCAACGAGGCUGGGAACGGAGGAAACACCACUGCCAACCAGCAACCGGAAGCUUUGACUGCGUUGGCAGCGCAACUUGUGAGCUUACUGGCAAUGGGUACCAAUACCAAGGGAGGAACAUCCAGUGAAGGGCAGCAAGGGUGUACUUUCGGAAACUUUAAUCGGCAACGCCCUCCUAUUUUUGAUGGACAACCCGACGCAAUAGCUACCGAAAACUGGGUCUUACAAAUAGAGAAGCUGAUGGAUGUGAUGAACUGCACUGAAGAACAGAGGGUCAAGUAUGCUACCUUCUACCUCACUGAGGGAGCUGAACGGUGGUGGACCGCUCAGAAGGAACACCUGCAACAACGACUAGGCGCAAUCAUUCCCUGGAUGGACUUCAAGGAGGCGUUCUUGGAGCGAUUCUUUCCUCAAACUACUCGACAGGCCAAGGCCCAGGAAUUUACAGAUUUGAUUCAAGGAUCAAUGACGGUGGAGCAAUAUGCUGCCAAGUUCAUUGAACUUUCUCGCUUCGCGCCUUACUUGGUGUCCACAGAAGAGCUCACAGCAAGAAAGUUUGAACGAGGGUUAUAG